UGCAACGGCGAUAUUGUAAAAUGAAUUGCAGUCUGUGCUUUGAUGCAUUCGAGUACCAAUAACCAGACGGAAGGAAAUGAAUAUUUCUCUGUUAAACGUCUUUUUUAUGAGCUAGCGUCCUUGCAGCCGGAAGUUUGGGUCUUGUUUCCAAGGAAGCAGCAUGUUUCUGACUUCCUGCAAAGACGGUUUGAAAUGGAGAGGCAACAGCUGAUUAAAAGAGUCGCCGUUUUACAGGCUUGCGCUAGAGGUUACCUUGUCAGAAAGAAGUUCUCAAGUCUGCGUGAGGAAUAUGAAAGCAUUGUGAGAGAGAUAGAGGGAGACUUGGCCCUGCUAGAAUGGCGCGGAGAGACGAUACAGAGACCUGUAUUUGUGAACAAGAAAAGGGCAGUGUCGAAGGCCAGCAACUGUGCAUCUGUAGAGAAGCCUGCAGAAGACCACAGAAAUGCUGAUAACAUUAAUAAAGCAAUAUGCAGGACUUUAGAAAUGCUGGAGCCCGAAAGAGACACGGAUGGUAGGACGGUAUUUGCCGUGGAACAGCAUCCCCAUGAAGAGAGAGCGGUUCCUGAGGUCCUCUGUGAGGGAGCACGGCACCUACCGGAGUCUGUGGAAGCCUCUGGCAGUGUGUCUGAGCCUCCACCUUCAGUGGAGGAGGAGGAGGAGAGAGACUUGAGGAGUUCCACUGAAUUGACGUCUGUGUGGAAUAGCACCACUCAGGACACUGGCUCCAGUGUUAUCCACAAGGACUCUCUCUGCAGAACACAGAGCAAGGAAAUGCCGAAGUCCAAAGAAGGCCUGCGGCUGUACAGAAGUAACCUGGCUAUGGAGCUACUUUGGCUGCAGCAGGCAAUCGCUAGUCGAAAAAAAUAUUUGGCCCUGAAGCAAACACUGGGACCUCCAGCGCGAUAGAGGGGUAUUAUACAUGUGUGGGUGCGUCAAGUGGCCCCUGUUGGAUACAUCCUACUCUGCAAAGGACUGCUGACAGUGUGGUGUGUCAGUGUGGUUUCCAAACACUGCAAGACAUUUGGGAUUGUGAUUUCUGGAGUGUUCCAAGCCAUUAUUUAACUACGGUUGCCAAAGCAAGAUGUCACAGCCUUGACCUUUUGGAAACGUAGGUUACACCACACUGUCCUAGUAUGGUUGUGUUGUGUCUCAGAACAGUGUGUGAAAACAACACACAAAUAGAGUAAGAUAUGCAGAACGCCUUAAUGAUGUCAUUCUAUCUUAUCCUUCUGGUGUCUGUUUGUAUAGCAUGUACAAUCCUAGCACAUCAUAUUCUACACAUAGUGUCACCUGCAGUAUUUUGAUAUAUAUUAUGUCUACCGUUAAUGUUUUUGUAAGAAAUGACAAAUAAAUAGCAGUAUAUAUUUUUCCAAAAGGUGCUGUUUUAUUAAGUUUGUGCUUCUAUGCAUUUAAUAAGUGUGACAUAUCAGUUGCCACUGCACUGGGUUUCUUUUCUACUUGCUGAGACUGCUUGAUAUUCUAGAAGAAAAAUGGCAGUGAAACUUUGCAUCUGCUUACCCUUAAUUCUAACGUCAAGACUAAAAAGACUUUUGCAUAUUUACUGUUUAACUUGACUUUCAAGGAGCCUUUUCUGUUUUGAUUUCAACCGUGCAGCUGGCUGUAGCGUUCUUAACACGGGUUUGGCUUUCACUGUAGAUGAAAUGCUGCACAGAUGAGUAUCGUCUGUGAAACAAGACGCUGCCGUAAGCAGUGCGCUGUGCGGCUGCAUUUUUAAUUAAGGAAACAGCUAAGGUUUUUUUUUGUGCCCAGCCUGAGGAAUGUGGCUGUGUGCACCAAACGGAGCAACACAUUUGAUUAAACAUUAGCCACACAAAACAUUCCGCUUGAAUUGAGUAAGUACAUGUUUAUGAACCUAAAAGUUGUGCUAGAAGGUUAUUGAUCUAUUGUUGCUCGGUAUGGUAAUAAGAUGAAAGCACAAGAAACGCCCUGGAAUCAAGCUCCAAUCCAUCAGUCCAUCAAAAUCUUUAUUAAACCAGACGAGUCACUGGCGAGAUGCAAGAGGCACCAAACACAAUGAAUAAGAAGUUCAAAACGCACAGUCAAUCAUAAAACAGGAAACUGAACAGCAGCUUAGCAGCUACAGCUCAGGAGAGCUUUGUUGUGAGCAUAGCAAAGGCCCUCGGAAAGUGAGAUCGAAUGACUGAUAUGAAUUAAUGAUUGAGCUGCUGCUACUCCUCAGCCAAAUGGAAUUUGUUUUGGUACAGCACCUGGAGGUGUAUUUACUUUAAACAGCCCUCAAGUUCAGACCCUUGCCCUCUAGUCUAGUGGAAUUUUAUUGGGAGCCAGUCGUAAUGAUCCUGUGCUGUGUUCCGAUUCAGGGGACCUGGCUGUCAAACAGUGAGGUGUUCGGUUUAUCUUGUUGACUCUGCCUUCAAGGGUAUGCUGGAGGGUUGGUUUACAAAUCCUGCUAUUGCUGGAGUCGCUGCCAUGGCAACCAGGAAAUGCUCCUAGCAUAGCCACAGUCUCUCAGUUUAGACAAUACACACAACACAAGGCAAGCCGAGGACUCUGCUGAGCAGCAGCAGCAUAAAAAGCCAAUCAUAUUUGGGAGCUGAACUUUUUUAUUCUUUUUGAUUUUUAAAAAAAUGACUUCUCACGGGACGGUGCUCCCGCUAACAAAGAACGUGGUGGUCUACAAAAACGGGGACCCCUUUUUCAACGGAAGGAAGUUCGUGGUGAGCCAGAAGCAGUUUGCGACGUACGAGUCCUUUCUGAACGAGGUGACGAGCAACAUCCAGGCUCCCGCGGCCGUGAGGAACCUGUACACCCCUCGAGAGGGCCACAGAGUCCACGACCUGAGUGAGCUGCAGAGCGGCUCUCAGUACGUGGCAGCUGGCUUUGAAAGGUUCAAGAAGCUUGACUACCUGAAUCCAGGCAGUAAAAAGCCUGCUGGGAGCAAAAAGAGGGAUGGAUUACAGAUAAGGCCUGUAUAUAGAGUGAAUGUCUCUGCAAAAUGGAGGAAGCACAUCCAUAUGCCAUCUGUAAUCCACGUGUUUCGAAACGGGGACCUGCUCUGCCCCCCUUUCCGAAUAAUCAUCCCCAAGAACAUGCGCCAGGACUGGGAGAACAUCCUCAUUGAGGUGACAGAGAAAGCAAACCUGAGGACUGGGGCUGUUCGCAGGCUGUGCACAGUAGAUGGGGUGACGGUCUCCAGCGAAGAGGAGCUGGUGAGUGGACAGUACUAUGUUGCCGUGGGGACAGAAAAAUUCAAGAAGCUGCCCUACGUUGAGCUCCUUGUGCCUAAAGCACCAGCACACAGCGGUCUCAGAAACCACCCAGGGAACAGACGCAUUACAAAAGGAAACGAGUACAGGAAAGCUACCAGUGUUCCACAAGAUGGAGUAAGCGAUUCUGCUCUCCUGCAUUCCCCAGAGGAGUCUGACAGCCGGCGAGUGAAGUCGACAGGAGCGGCAGGUGAAGACAUCAGCCCCGUCUCUCCCCAGGCCAGGAGGAGGAAACCGCAGAAAAACACCGGGAAGGAAGAGCAAUCCCUCUUCUACGCCAAGCCAGUCCGGGUCCGACACUCCACGAAGAACUCCAAAACCACUCCGCAGGAGACGCAAGAGGAGGACUCGGGGGUGUUUAAAGUGAACCGGGAGAGACAGGAGGUGCAGCGAGCCCCCGAAGUGCCUGAAGAUGAGAACAUCAGAGUGGAGCUCCCAGUGGAUCAGAGAGUUGCAGAGACUGUUGAAGAUGAGACGAUAGCAGCGUACGAUCAUGGAGAAGAUGAGAGUGAAGCAAAGAUUCAUGGUGAUGAAGCAGUUCCACUGAACCAUACAGAUCGGGUAGAAAACGGGGAACUCUCCUAUCGGGAAACAAAAAGAAGCCCUAGGCCUGAGAAUCGUAGCUCACAUGACUACCACAGUGUGAAGCGGAAUGGAAGGACAAGCCACGCCUCCUCUCACAGGCUGCAAGAGUAAAUGAUGAGAACUGGAACACGGAGAGGCAAGCGGAACUUAAAUAUUGUGCCAAGCCUACAACACAAUUGGGUCUAUUCAAUUGCUCUAAACAAAUAACAACACAAUUGGGUCUAUUCAAUUGCUCUAAACAAAUAACAACACAUUAGGAACAAAAACUGUAAUUUGACUUGCUUUUAAAGACGAUACACCCAAGGGACUCGUUUUUCAAAGUCCUAUUCUUUUAACGAUUUAAAGGACAGCAGUUUUUUGAUCACUCUUUUAGCACAAUUGAAAAGACCACCGUGUGCCUACCAUGGUACCAUGCCUGCUCCCUGCUGUAUGAGUGCAUGUCCAUGUUUACAGUAUUGUAAAUACAAAAAUAUAUAUAUAUAUAUAUAUAUUGUUUACUGUAGUCAUAUAUCCUCAACAGCCCUAAUUAUUAUUUUUAAAAUACACCAUUGUAUUUAUAUAGAACACAUCCAUGAACCAAAAGGGUAUGUCCUUUAAACAUAAAGAAAUUAUAUGUAGGCAAAAAUAUUCAUAAAACUUGCAUCUGAUUAUACCAAAUACUAACACCAGCAUUCCACACUCAUCCUGUAGGUGUAUCUCUCGUCUAAAUGUGUCAAGUCUGGUGUAUUAAGAUUUAAAUACAGCGAUGAAUAUUACUGUAUAUAGAGAAUACUAGGUUAGUUUAAUAUAACGUAAGGAUAUGAUUAGUUGUAAUGUAUUUGAUUUACUUUUAUUUGUAAAAAUUCACCAAUGUACAAAAUAUUUAAAAACCUUUAUAAUA